GACACCAUCAGCUGCUAGCCGGAAACGGAGUGUAGUAGAACGCUGGUAGCUUGCCACCCGCUUCCAUCCUCCUAGCGCCUGUCAGCCAUUAUCGUUUUGUUCUCGCCGGGUUCAUAGGUCCGAUUGGGGGUAGCCGACACGAAUUUUCACCGAAGAUCAUCGCAGGUAACGCACAGAACGUAAAGCUGUACAGAGAUGUACGGCAACGGAUAUUCCAAUCAAACAUCUUACAGACCUAGGACAGACAGAGAAUAUGGCAACCGCACAGGUGGAGGCACAUACUGGAACAGCCAACAACAGCCUCACGGAGACAUGGGUGGGCUCAAGCAAAACCAAAAGAAAGCACCUGGUGAUCUCUUGAAGAAACCAAACUGGGACUUGAACUCUCUCCAACCAAUAAUUAAGAACUUAUAUGUCCCUCAUGCAAAUGUCGUCAGCCGUUCUCCGGACGAAGUAAACAAGUACCAUAUUGGAAAAGAAAUCACUGUCAAGGGAAACAACACUCCUUUCCCAAUCCAAGCCUUCGAAGAAGGAAACUUCCCGGACUAUGUGAUGGAGGAAAUUAGAAAACAGGGAUUCAAAGAACCUACUGCUAUCCAGUCACAAGGAUGGCCCAUUGCUCUCAGCGGUCGUGAUAUGGUCGGCAUUGCCCAAACUGGAUCCGGCAAAACUUUGGCUUACGUGCUUCCGGCCACUGUGCAUAUCAACAAUCAGCCGCGACUAGGGCGAGGAGAGGGACCUAUCGUUCUCAUCUUGGCGCCAACCAGAGAACUUGCGCAGCAAAUCCAGAGCGUAGCUCGAGACUUUGGAUCCUCCUCAUGCAUUCGUAACACUUGUAUCUUCGGAGGGUCACCAAAAGGACCACAGGCUCGAGAUCUAGAGCGUGGUGUUGAAAUUUGCAUAGCCACGCCUGGACGUCUGAUUGAUUUUCUUGAAAAGGGUACAACUAAUCUACGCAGAUGCACGUACUUAGUCCUGGAUGAAGCAGACAGGAUGUUAGAUAUGGGAUUUGAACCUCAGAUCAGGAAAAUUAUCGAACAAAUCAGACCCGACAGACAAGUUCUGAUGUGGUCAGCUACCUGGCCCAAAGAAGUUCAAGCUUUGGCCGAAGAUUUUCUCAGUGAUUACAUUCAGAUCAAUAUUGGUUCUCUGACUUUGGCUGCCAACCAUAAUAUACGUCAAAUAAUUGAAAUAUGCCAAGAGCAUGAGAAGGAAACAAAGCUCUCUUCCCUCUUGAGAGAGAUUGGAGCAGACCGCGGUAACAAAACGAUAAUAUUUGUUGAAACUAAGAAGAAGGUGGAUGACAUAACAAAGGCAAUAAAACGCGAAGGAUGGUCAGCAAUUGCAAUACAUGGAGAUAAGUCUCAGCCAGAAAGAGAUUACGUUCUGUCAGAGUUUAGAAAUGGAAAGACGGCUAUACUGGUUGCCACUGAUGUAGCUGCGCGAGGACUGGACGUUGAGGAUGUAAAAUAUGUAGUGAAUUUCGACUACCCAAAUAGUUCCGAGGACUACAUCCACAGGAUAGGCAGAACAGGGCGUUGCGAAAGUGCUGGUACAGCUUAUGCAUAUUUCACACCAAACAACGCGAGACAGGCUAAGGAAUUGGUCUCCGUCCUAGAAGAGGCUGGCCAACCGAUCAAUCCUCAAUUAUCAGAGAUGGCAAACUCGCAGAGAAAUCAAUUUGGCAAAGGCCGUCAACGAUGGAACACCGUCCGACCCACCAAGGACAGUAGCAGCGGAGGUCCUGGGAGCCCACGAAAUAUUGGCAGUCCCAACGCAAACAACUGGCAAAAUAAUCAGCAGAAUGGUAUUCAAGACAGGUCAACCCCGCGGCAACAGAAUGGCUACCAAAACAAUCGGCAAACAAAUUAUCACAGUAAUCAGAACAGCUAUCAACCAAGGCAGCCGAAUAGUUAUCAAAACGGAUAUCAGAAUGGUAAUAAUGCAGGUGGAUACCAAGGCAAUUUCCACAAUCAGAAUGGAGGUACACCUAGGUAUCAAGGACGCGGUGGAUACCAAGGGAAUAGGUACAACAGUAGACAGAAUGGGUUCAAUGGUAACCAAAAUGGGCAGGGCAUGUACUCUAUGCCUCCUCCGUUCAUGAUGCCACCAGGCAGUCAUACAGAUGCAGGCAUCCAAAGCCUGGUAAACAACAAGUUCUUCCAGACCAACAGGCCACCACCAGGAACUAACCCGUGUGCUUAUCAAUCAAUGGGUUAUGGCCAGUUUCAACCAGUCUCACCAUACGGCUACCCUUACCCACCAACCCCAGUGCAGCAGUGACAUCCUUCGAGAGGAAAACCCACUGGGGCACGGGCCAAGUAAGCAGGAAAUAAUAUUUGAUACUUCUCUGUUUCCUAAAUGUCCCGUGAAUAAUUCUACAAUAAUUACUGUCAAAAGGUAGGUUUUGAUGAAUAUGUUCUUAAUGUG